AUGGCUGCGUCCUCGACCUCGUCCUCAUCCGCUGCUGAACAUCGUGUUGUGGACGAAGUAUGUCUCCACCUCAAGAGACAAAGGCAUACGGCUGAUCGUUCGUUGCGUUUCGAUCUCAAUCCGGAUGAGAGACGUCCGCUACUACCGAGACCUCUACUCAAGCAGAAGAAGACCAACAUGACACCACCUAUCGACCCAGAAGAAGAUGCCACCACCCACGACGUCCUCAAAGGCGACAUAACAAUCGGCUCCAUCGCCGGCGACGAAGCUCGUCAAGCCCUCGAACAUGAACACAACCUCUCCUUCCUCGAAGCCCUAAGACUUUACCCCCAAGCCGUCUUCUGGUCCAUCUUCUUCUCUCUCGGCGUAAUAAUGACCGCUUUCGACCCCCAACUGCUUGGCAACUUGUACGCCACCCCUGCCUUCCAGCGAGACUUUGGCUAUCUCUACGAGGGCUCUUACAUCAUCUCCGCACCAUGGCAGACAGGACUAUCAAUGGGAAAUCCCAUUGGUCAAGUCGUUGGUGCGUUCUUCGCAGCCUAUCCGAUGGAGUGGUAUGGGCGGAAGAAGACGUUUGGAGCCUGCGUGGUGUUGACGGCGGGGUUCAUUUUCAUUCAGUUCUUUGCGAGAUCUUUGAAAGUGCUGCUGGCGGGAGAGUUGCUGGGCGGGUUAGUGUUGGGGACGUAUGCGGUGAUUGCGCCGGCUUAUGCCAGUGAGGUGUGUCCCGUGGCGUUGAGGGGUGUGUUGACGAGUUAUGUCAACAUGUGUUUUGUGAUUGGACAACUGAUUGCGAACGGAGUCAUCGCUGGGACGAGUCAGCUUGAUUCUCGCUGGGCGUACAGUGGACCUUUCGCUGCGCAGUGGGUCUGGCCGCUGAUUAUUCUGGUGGGAUUACCAUUUGCGCCGGAGUCGCCGUGGUGGCUGGUCAGGAAGGGGAAGCUGGAGGCCGCGGAGAAUGCGCUGACACGCUUAGCAUCGGAGAAGGUCGAUGUUAAGCCUACACUUGCGAUGAUCAUUGAGACAGAUCGCCUGGAGCAAGAGCUGGAAGCAGGAUCCACCUACAGCGACUGCUUCAAGAAGAUCAACUUGAGGCGCACUGAAAUCGCAACGGGCGUCUAUUGCAUUCAGGUCAUCUCUGGAGUCUACCUCGUCGGUUAUGCAACCUACUUCUUCGAACUCGCAGGCCUACCCACACAACAAGCUUUCAACAUGAGUCUCGGUUUCCUGGCUCUCGGCUUCCUCGGUACAGUCUUCUCCUGGUUCUUGCUGAUAAAAUGCGGACGAAGGACAAUAUACAGCAUCGGCCUACUACUUCUAGUCAUCCUAAUGCUUCUCAUCGGCAUCCUCGACUGCGUCCCAAACUACGAGCAGAAACACGGCGUGAUCUGGGCACAGUCAAGCCUCAUGCUAAUCUGGAACUUCUGCUACGACUUCUCGGUGGGACCUGUAUGCUUCGUCAUCCUCUGCGAAGUGUCAGCGACCAAAGUACGAAGCAAGACGAUUGGUGUGGCUACUGCGUCGCAGGCUCUCCUUGCUAUCGGCAUGACCGUGGCCAUACCAUAUAUGAUCAAUCCGGAUCAGGGGAAUAUGAGAGGCAAGAUUGGCUUCUUCUAUGGUGGACUAUCGGCGAUCAGUCUCGUCUGGGUGUACUUCAGAGUGCCUGAGACGAAGGGAAGAACUUACGAAGAGCUGGAUAUCAUGUUCUCGAGAGGUGUGGGCACAAGGCAAUUCAAGAAGUACAGAGUGGAGUAG